AACAAAAUACAGGCAGGCGUACACCGUUUAUCGAAGAUGCCUGCUUCUACCAAAAUGGGAAGAGGGGUGAAAUGUCCCGUGUGCCAUAUCAGUCACCUGCCAAGAGAGAAGGAUGUUAAAAGUGGUGUGUUCGCAGCAACAUGUCAGAACUGUGGACACUUCUUUAAAUUUAGAGUGGACUCUGGACUUGCUACAAAGGUGACAUUGACUGUCAAUGGACAAAAAUACACAGUAUCUACUGACCAGUACAGUCCCUCUACAUCCCUGAAUGAAUUCUUACGCACAUCCCGUGUAUCAACUGGCACCAAGGUGAUGUGUCGGGAGGGUGGGUGUGGCAUGUGUUUGGUGGAGGCAAAAUUGUACGAACCAAUCUCCUUUGGGAAAAAGCCAUACUCCAUCAAUUCUUGUCUAUAUCCAUUGUUUCUCUGUGAUGGUUGGGAGAUCACUACUGUAGAGGGAAUUCCACACAAGGGAGAUAACUCUGUGUCAGAGAGACUGGCUCACUACAAUGGAAGCCAGUGUGGUUAUUGUAGUGAUGGACAAGUCAUGAACAUGCACUCGCUACUGGAGUACAAUGGUGGACAAGUGACCAUGCAGCAGGUGGAGGACGCGUUUGAUAAUGUCAUCUGCAGAUGUACAGGUUACAGGCCAAUACUGGAUGCCAUGAAGUCUUUUGCUGUGGAUUCUCCUUUCAACAAGAAGAAAAAUUCCCACUCUGUAGAUAUUGAGGAUAUUGGGACCCUAAGUAAAGUGUGUAAAAAAACAGGUGGUCCUUGCCAGGGAAAUUGUAGUCAGCAGACAGCAGACAAUAAGGAGAUGACACAAAUUGUAUUGAAAGAUGCUCAAUGGUUCAAACCUAAGUCAGUACAACAGGUUUUUGAUGCCAUGAAGCAAGCAGCAGGAAAGAAGAUGAAGCUGGUUUUUGGAAACACUGGCUACGGUGUGUUUUUGGAACUUGGUCAGUGGAUGUUUGAAGUCUUGAUUGACCUCCGAGAUGUCCAAGAAAUGUAUGUGGUAGAUUUUGACAGUGAUGUAACCCUGGGAGCAAAUCUGUCAUUGACACAGUUACAGGACAUAUUCUACCGUGGGAAGAGUGAGCCUAACUUAUACUACUUUGAUGCACUGUAUGAACGUGUUAAGAACAUCGCUGCCCACUCUGUGAGAAAUCUUGGCUGCUGGGCCGGAAACCUCAUGCUCAAGCAUGCACAUCCAGAAUUCCCUUCUGACGUUUACUGUAUGUUAGAAGCUGCUGGGGCACAACUAGACAUCACUGAUGGGUCACAGAACCAGCUAGGGAUGUAUCAGAUAUCUCACUUCCUGUCACUAGACAUGACAGGUAAGCUGAUUGUGGGUAUGAUGUUACCAGGCCUCGACAGCAAGGACUACUACAUUCGUACCUACAACGUCUCUAAGAGGACGCAGAAUGCCCAUGCAUAUGUCAAUGCUGGUAUCCGGAUGAGAUUGGAUAGCAAGAACAAAUACCAAGUGAAGGAAAAACCAACAUUAGUAUUUGGAGGCAUUAGUGCUACAUUCAACCAUGCUACAAAUACAGAGACAUUCUUGAUGGGGAAGCAGCUGACCGACCCAGAAGUAUUUAAAGGGGCACUGAUGACCCUGUCUGCAGAAGUGGUCCCUGACACCACUGACUUGAGGGCAGCUAGCGCUGCCUACAGGAAGAAUCUGGCCCUGUCUUACUUUUACAGAUUUGUGUUGGACGUUUUGGGAGAUGCGGCCCCCACCAGACUGAAGACAGGAGCUAAAGCUCUACUUAGGCCUUUGUCUACGGGACAACAGAGCUAUGACACCAAACCUAUGGAGUGGCCACUUACACAGCCAAUGACUAAAGUCUUAGCCCUCAACCAGACCUCAGGGAAAGCUAUGUAUAUAAACGACCUUCCCAGCAAGCCCCAGGAGCUUCAUGCUGCCUUCGUUUGCAGCACUGUAGCUAAUGCCACUCUACAAAGCAUGGAUGCCACAGAAGCACUGAAUACUCCUGGUGUGGUGAAAUUCUUGGAAGCCAAGGACAUUCCUGGAGUGAACAAUUGUUAUCCCACAGCAGAGUUCCCAGAGGAGCUGUUCUGCAGUGGUCAAGUGUCCUUUUCUGGUCAACCUCUUGGUCUGAUUAUUGCAGAGGAUGAGGAUACAGCUCGAUCAGCAGCCAAUAAGGUGAAGGUCAACUACACCAACAUACAGCCUCCUAUUCUUACUAUGGGAGAUGCUAUCGCCAAGAAAUCUAUCCAUCCUGGACUGACCCCAGAAUUUACUGUAGGGGAUGCUGAAGGAGCUAUUUCAAAAUCUCCUCAGAAGAUCCAAGGUUCCAUCAGCUGUGGAGCUCAGUACCACUUCCAUAUGGAAACUCAGGUGAGCAUAGCUACCCCCACAGAAGAUGGAAUUGAGUUAGAUGCAAGCACACAAUGGACAGAUUUGAACCAGAGGGCUGUUGCCAUGGUAUUGGGAUGUUAUGAAAGCAGAAUUACUGUGCGGACUAAGCGACUUGGGGGUGCUUACGGAGCCAAAAUUAGCAGGAAUGCUAUGGUGUCAGCUGCCGUUGGCUUAGCUGCACAUGUGACUAACAGGCCUGUGAGGAUGAACAUGGAGUUUCAUACAAACAUGGAAACCAUGGGCAAAAGAUUCCCAUUCAUGGCAAACUAUCAGGUUGGAUGUUCCGAUACUGGAGUCCUCAAUGGUGUGAAGAUCACCUAUUACACAGACUGUGGCUACCUUGCAUCAGACCAUGCUUUGCCAGUCGUAAUUGCAUUCUCUGACAAUGCUUAUUACUGUGAGAACUGGCACCUCAUCCCGGUUGGACUGAAGACCAACAAACCAUUGAACACUGCUGCACGAUCCCCAGGAUCCUGUCCAUCGAUCUUCAUCACAGAGUCCAUAAUGGAGCAUGUAGCAAAGGCGCUUAAUUUGGACCCAACAGAGGUCAGGAGGGUCAACCUCUAUCAACAAGGCCAGCUCACCCCAUACAAACAGAAGUUGGAGCACUGCAAUAUCUCCACCCUCCUGACUGAGUUGGAGUCAAUGGCUGAAUUGUCACAAAGGAGAGCCAGUGUAGCAGCUUUCAAUAAGAACAAUCGAUGGACAAAGAAAGGAUUGUCAGUUGUCCCUAUGAAGUUUGAGAUUGCUUGGGAAGGAGCUAACUACAACUGUCUUGUUGACAUCUACGGUGGUGAUGGGAGUGUGGUCAUAGAUCAUGGAGGCAUUGAGUGUGGUCAGGGUAUCAACACAAAGACGAUCCAGGUGUGUGCAUACAAGCUUGGAAUUCCUAUAGAGAUGAUCAGAGUGGCAGCCAAUAACACAGUCACUAACGCAAACAGUGUUACCACAGGUGGAAGCAUCACCUCAGAAGUCUGUUGUCAGGCCAUUGUUAAAUGCUGUGAUACAUUAUUGGAGAGGAUUGCACCUGUCAGAGCCAAAAUGUCAAACCCCAAAUGGAAAGACUUAAUUGAAAAGUGUGUAGCUGAAGGUGUUGACCUCACAGCUAGAUACCUCACAACACCAACUAUGCCAGAUGGUGCACAAUUCAACUACUGCAGCUACGGGGUGACCUGUACGGAAGUGGAACUGGACGUGCUGACAGGACAGUACCAGAUACCAAGGGUGGACCUACUGUUCGACUGUGGAGAGAGCAUGAACCCUGAGAUCGACAUUGGACAGGUGGAAGGGGCCUUUGUGAUGGGACUAGGGUACUGGCUUACUGAGGAGCUGAAGAAUGAUCCUCAAACAGGAGCCCUUCUCACCAACAAUACCUGGGAGUAUAAACCUCCACUUGGAAAGGAUAUCCCAAUAGACUUCAGGGUUCAUCUCCUAAAGAAUGCACCUAAUCCAUUAGGGAUUCUAAGGUCAAAAGCCUGUGGUGAGCCUCCCCUCUGUAUGAGCUGCUCAGCGCUAUUUGCCCUGAAACAUGCAGCAGAAGCUGCUAGAGAAGAGAUUGGACAGAACACAUUCUUCGCUCUCUCUGCACCAGCUACUGUAGAGAAAAUCAACACUGUAUGUCUUCUGAGGCCUGAUCAAAUGGUUCUCACUGCUUAGUAUGGUGUCACCCUCCAACAGGUCUAUACAAAUUCUAUAGAUGGAAAACCUGUGGUACAAACAUAUUAGUAACCAUGGUAACCAAAAGGAAAUGUGUAAUUCUUUCAAAGACAUAUCUGGUGCUAUUAUUCAGACGUUUUAAAGGUUGAAUCAGGAGAUCAGAGGACUAUCAAUUCUGGUGAGGAAUGCUGAAGAAAAAGUUGUCCAGUUUUUUUUGUUUUUGAUAACUGUAAAUAUUCAAAGGACAUUUUGUCUCUUGUUGAUUGCAUCUGCACAUUUUAAGCAGAAAACUUAAUGAAAUACUUUUUUAUUAGUAUUAUUUGGACCUGCAGAUGUAAUUGUACAAAGUCAUCACAACACUGCUCUUUUGUACAACAUGACGUCAUAUUUGUGUAAUUGAAGCAUAAAUGAACAUUGCUCCAUGCAAUGUUAAAGAGCAAAUUUUUACCUUGACAAUGUAGUAUGGAUGACAUAAUAUUAAAUAUUUCAACUAAUAUGAUAUAAGUAUGACAUUAAUAUGUAAAAUUCAAAUAGAAAACCAGAAGAGGUAGCUGGUUCUGAAUCUGAGCAAAAUCUCAUUUAAUCAUUAAUUAAAGAGAAUUUUGUUAAAUUGAAAAUAGGGGGAAAGUGCUUCUAAAAUAGGCCACUUAUGUAUGGCAUGAAACGUUGAUUGUGUAGUAAUUGUUGUUGUUUUCACAUUGACAAACCAUGAAAAUAAAAAGUAAUGAAUAAGACUUCACAUGACAGAAUCAUGUGUGUAGUUGAGUAGUAUCCUCGAGGGUUGUACCAUUGAAAUAUUUUCUUAGGUCCAAGCUAAGAAGACUUAACAUUUAUACAAUUUAUUGACAAGGAUUUCAACCUUUUCACAAAAGGAUAUUUUCUUCAACACUGAAUUGAUAAACUACAAAGGGAGAUAAGUUUACAAAAGCACUCGUAUUUAAUGGUAGACAUGGGUCAGUAUUUGUUAAAGUGAUUGGAUGUUAAAUCAUCUGUAGACAAAAUUAUUUUAUGUACUACACCUUGAUUUAUUCUUCCUGUAUCAAUGUUUACUAGAGAGGCUGUAUAGAUACUUUUUUCUGCUGCAAUCUUGUGAUGUUUCUUGAUUUAUUCUUCCUGUAUCAAUGUUUACUAGAGAGGCUGUAU